AUAUUGGCAGAUAAUUGAAAUGGUACUGAUUUAUUACACAUCCCCUCAUGUACACCUAUUAAUUCAAAAGAUUGUUACCUGACAUGAAAAUUAGGCUGGAGUUUCUAAAUGCUCCUUAUCCUUCUGAACGCCUAAAAGGUUUAGGAAAUCCAUUAGUCAAGUCUGGGAACAUUGUUUGAGUUUACAAGAGCUCUGCUGUUAUAAAAGCUGUAGUCCUUUAAUGGCUGAAAUCCAAUACAGCCUCUCUGGUAGAAGUGACCAGUGUGUGUCAGGCACUUGCGCUUGAGCUCGUCGUUCUUCUUGUCCAUUUUUUUCUUUGGUUUCUGAUGGCUCUUUUUGCAUCCUUGUGUUUUGAACAGGAAGAAAUUGGAGUUCUUGAAAGGCUGAUGGAUGGAGCGAGGGACCAGUAUGAGGAACGAUUGAAAGAGGUGUUUGAAAGUUUUGAUGGCAGUGGUUUGGGCUCUCUGAGUCCUGAAGAACUGACCGAUCUCUGCCGGGCCCUUCAGCUGGAGGAGAACACACUGAACACACUCUUACACACACUGCUGCAGGACCAGAUCAGUGCACGGGUUGAUUUCGAACAGUUUAAGGAUGUGCUGAUCCUCGUGUUGUCAAGUACAAACACAGAUGAUCCAGAGGAAUGUCUUGAACAGCCAGAUUCCCCAGAAGUCCAGCCACGCUUUGUCAAGGGCAGUAAGCGCUAUGGCCGUCGCACUGCUCCGGAGUUCAUUCACACACACACUGAUUCACACACACAGGCUGAAGAUGAGGAGGAGAAGGAUGAAGAUGCUCAAGAGAGCGAUGACAGGACUGUACCCAGGAAACGUGAGCGCUGGAAUGCUGACAUGAGCAUUUCUGAAGAGUUUGAAGCAGAAGGUCAGAUGCACCUCUGGAACCCUGAUGAACCCAGUACACCACGAGGCAAUGCGGUGCCACUCUGUGACUUGGAGGAGCGUUUGCAGAAUGCCUGUCAUCAGCUCUCUCUACCCAUAAAUGGCAUGGCCACACUGAAACAGCUACACACACUCUGCCAGCGCAUAGGCAUUGAGGUGGGUGAGGAUCUGUUGCAGGGUGCUGAUGAAAGUUUAAUGGAUGUGCAGGAGUUCAUCUCGUGCAUAAUAAACCACAGCAAACCACCCACACCGUCAGUAUCUACACCCUACAGACAAUUAAAGAGACACCAUUCUACUCAGUUUGAUGAGUCGGGCCGAAGGAUCUCCUGUGCUUUGAGCAGUACAAUCGGUCUGCAGGUGUUUUCAGAUUUGGAUGAUGGAUCGGGACACGCUCCUGUGGAAACUCUGCUUUACCGGUGGAUGGAAGAGGGAGUGGACAAUAGCUCUGAAAUCCUACAGGCUCUGGAUUUUAAUCUGGAAGGUAAAGUGAAUCUGUCUGAGCUGACCGUUGCUCUAGAGAAUGAGCUGCUGAGCACUAAGAACUCGAUCCACCAAGCGGCGCUAGUGAGCUUUAAGGCAGAAAUCAGACAUCUGCUUGAGUGUGUUGACCUGGAAAGGCGUGAGAAGGAGAGGAUUCGCUUUGAUCUGGACAAAGCAGAGAAACUGAAAUCUCAACUGGCGUCUGAAGUGGAUGACCACCAUGCUGGCAUCGAACGCAACAACGAACUUAACAUCCGGAAGUUGGAGCAGGAAUAUAAAGAGAGUAUGACUGCUCUGAAGGUAGAGCUAAGUAGAGAGGUGGAGCUUGUGCAGCAGCAGGCCAAUCAGCAACGAGAAGAGCUUGAACAGGGAAUUGGCAAGAUGAAAGAUGAUGAAACCUUCUUACGAGAACACCUAACUCUCACCAUUAAAGAAAAUAGUCGCCUGGAGUCAGAGCUUAUUGAGACCACAGAGAAACUGGUGGAAGCUGAAAACCAGUUGAACAAAGUGCAGAGCAAUCUGGAUGGUGUUUUGAAAGAGAAGUUUGGUGAUUUGGAUCCAGACAGUGCAGAGUUUUACCAGCAGGAGGAACGUCUCAGACAUCUGCGCAGGAACUACGAGGAGCAGUGCAGGGAGCUGCAGGAUCGUAUAGAUGAGCUGGAAGCUCAGUUGGAGGAAUAUCAGACUUCAGGUCACACACCCUCGACACGUCUCGGACUGAGUCUGUCUGAUGAACUGGCCAGCAAGAGUUCAGACCCAGGUUCUCAAGAGCGGCAGCCAUUAAACAUGAGUCUUGAGACAGAGAUGUUACUGGAGCAGCACCAACAAGAGAUAGAAAACAUCAGGGCAAUGGUUUAUGAAGAAAAACGCAGCGCAGAAGAGGAGAGAAGUCAUCUCUCUCUGCAGCACCAACAGGAGGUGCAGGUUUUGAGGGAGGAGAUGGCAAGAGAACUAGAGAGAGCGAACAAAUUGGAGAAGGACAUUUCUGCCCUCCAAACUCUCCACCAGCAGGAGCUUCAGUUUCUCACGCAGGAGGCGCAGGAAGCCAGAAGCCGUGCAGAACAGCUGGAAGCGAAGGUGCAAGUUCUGGAGGAGAAACAGACUGCCCAUGAGGAGCAGAGCAGAGUGCAUGCUGAGGAGAUGAGUUUGAGGGAGUCAAAGCACCAAGAGGUGCUGGAGGCAAGUCUGCAGGAGCAGAGAGAGAGACUGCAAGAAGAGAAGGAAAAGGAGGAGAUGAGGCUCACGGAACAAUGGAAACAAGAGCAGAAGAGCUAUGAGGAGGUGCUAAGUGCUCAGCUUGAGGAGAUGCAGCAGAGAACAGAACAAGAGUGUGUUGAGCUGGAAAAGAGGCUCAGGGAGGAGUGGGAACGAGAGAGGCAGGAGUUAGAGGAGAGCAGUAAGGAGGCAUUGCAGGCUGUGCUGGAAGAGAGAGAACGGAGGCUCAAGGAGGAGUGGGAACAGGAGAAGCAGGAGCUUGUGGAUAUCAGUAGGGAGGCAUUGCAGGCUGCCCUUGAGGAGAGAGAACGGAGGAAAGAGGAGUGGGAACGGGAGAAGCAGGAGCUAGAGGAGAUCAGUAAGGAGGCGCUGCAGGCCGUGCUGGAAGAGAGGUUGGAGAGGGAAAGGAGGCUCAGGCAGCAGUGGGAUGAGGAGCGGGCUUCAUUAGAGAACAAACAUCACGCUCUGCUACUACAGCGUUUGCAGGAAGAGAGGGAACACCUCCGAACUCAGCAGGAAGAGAACGAGAGCAUUAUAAUUGAGCAUUGGGGGAGAGAGAGGGCUCAGAUGGAGAAACAGCAUGAGGAGGCGCUGCAGGCCUGUUUGGAGCAGGAGAGAGAGAGACUGCAUGUGGAGAGAGAGGAGCAAGAGAGAAGGUGGCAGCAGGUGCUGAAUGAAGAGCAGGGCCGGAUGGAGGAGGCGCACAAGGAGGCCAUGCAGGAGCUGUGUGCCAAACACAGCGAGGAGAGGGAAAGAAUCAGCAGCCUUUUGGAGAAACUACGCACAGACAUUGCAGAACAGAGGAGAGAGCUGCAGAAACAAUUCUCUCAGCGACUCGAAGAAGUGGAGGUCCGUUUCAAUGGUGACCAGGAGGCAGUGUCUAAACGUUUUGAGGCAGAUGUACAUAAACUCGAGCAACAUUACCAAAGUGAGAUUGCAGCACUUGCCCAACAGCAUGCUGCAGAUCGUGCCCACUGGAAGGAGGAGUCAGAGGCAGCCACCAAGGAGGCGGAGCAACAGUGGAAGCUGUUGAGGGAGGCGCUCAAAACGGAGAACCAAUGCCUUGAACUUGCACACGCACAAGAUAUUAAAGCUCUGAUAGACAAGAACCUACAACUUCAGGCCGAACUAGAGGUUUUUGUUAGUGCUGCUCGAACAAAAGAGAUUGAGCUGAGCCGUCAACUCAAUGAGCUGCACAAGGAUAGGAUGGAGGCCAAAGACUUGCUGCUGGCACAAGCAGAGAACAAAGCCACUGAGCUGGAAGAGAUGCUGAAACAAGCCGUGGAUGACUUCAUCCAGGAGCGAGCGGAGCUUCAAUGGAGUCUGUCUGCUUUGGAGAGCAGGCGAGGGGAAGUACUUUCAUUCACUGAGAGCAUGGAGCUGAAAGGCACAAUCCAGGAGGGUGAGGAGCUCCUCUGUCAAGAAAUAAAGAUUCAGAGAAAGGCUCUGCUUGCAGAGAGAGACGCACUGGCAUUGAGAGUGUUGCAGUUGGAAGGAAUUGUGUUGCAGUUGACAGGAACCACUGCAGAGCCUUCUGCAGAACUCUUGGGGGAACCUUGCGUAGAGUCUACUGAAGGAAUCCAUGCAGAAUCCACUGGAGACAACUGUGAAGAAACUCCCAAAGAAUCCACAGUACAGCCCUUUGGUGAACUCAACCAAUACACCUGCACAGAAUCUACUGAUGAAGUCAGUCCAAAGCACCUCAUAUGUGAGGAGUCUUCUGUAAACAGAGAUAAUGAAGAGGAAGCAGGCAUAAUGGAUGAAGUUACUGACUCUGGGCUCGGUGAUCCACAGCAACACAGAUGCCUAGAGAUUGGAGUUACAAAUGAUAUAACUUCAAACUCUUGUGCUGAUGAAUUAGAUAUGUCUGAUGUAGAAUCUAACAAUAAUGGAACAGAACCCCCUGAUUGUGCCUGUCUUAUAGAAGAGAAGGAAAAGACUGAGGAGAAUCUCAGUAAUCCUGGAGUCGAUGGUUCUGAAGAUGCAGCAUUGAACGAAGAGUUGCAGAAUGCUGAGAGGAAUAGUACAGAGUCUCAAAGAGAUGACACCUUGGAGAUGGCCGAGGAGGAUAUUUUGAAUGGUACAGAAAUAGAAGCUCAAAUCUUGGUUGAGAAUGAAGCCUCCUAUAACCAGGAGAGCUUGCAACACCAUGAAUCUCCAAGCACAGAUGACACACUGAUCGAAUACAAUUGCAAACCACUUGAACCUGUGAUUGAAGACGAUCCAGAGGUCGGUAUCGGCAUAUCAAGUCUUGAGAAUGAAAUCAGGGCUUUUGCAUAUAAGGUUUGUAGCCUAACCACAGUUGACACAGAACUGGACAAAGUUGCUGAUUUCAGAGAUGUGUACAUACAGGAGAUCCUGGAUCUUCAAGAAACAGUGAUGCAGUACAGUAAAGCUGCAGAAGGCACUAGCUCCCAGUUGCAGAGCCCUAAACGGCAAUAUCUGGAUAAAGAGAAUAUCAUACAUCAAGUACCAAAUCGUCUUGACCAAAUGGAGGCCACAAUCAAAGAUGUGCAACUUGCUGAGCUAAAGAUCUGCUUUGAGCAAAGCAUCCAAGAGAACUUGCAGCUUGUGGAGCGCAACAGAAACCUGGAGAAGAGAGUCAAAAGUCUGGAGGGUAAGAUGCAUGUAGUCCUGGACCUCCACAAGCAGCAGGCGUCUGUCCUGGAAAAGACUGCACAACUCGGAGUGGAGUAUUCCAAACUGAAGGUACUUCUCCAGGAACUUGAUAAACAGGAUAAGGUGCCGCAGUGGGACUCUGACUCUUCCGAUACGUCAAACAACUCACCCUGCAACUCCCAGUUAAAAGAGAAGAUUGCUGCUGUAGCAGAGCUUGAAUUCUUCUGCAUGGAGUUUGAGAAGCAGAACUUACAACUACGCAGAGAACUUGCUGAUCUGCAGGACAAAUCUCUCAGGAUCCAUGAACAAAUGCAGGAACGGAGGAGUGAAGUUUGUCGUCUGGCUAAAGAGAACUUCAUUCUGAGGCACAAAAUCUCAACAGUGAGGGAGGAGGACCUGAGAGAGAACCAGGACGACCUGCGAUUACAACACAUGAAGCAAGGGAAGAGAUCGGCACAAGCUCUCAGGAGACAGCUCUCAGAGCCUCGUCGCCUGGGACAGCAGCUGGAGGAGGAGAAUAUUUUAGUGCAGCAGAAUGCAGAUCAUGUGCUUCGACAUGCGCUCCAGGAAGUAAUGCGUCAUCAUGACAGCUCAACCAAUGAAAAGAAUGGGUUUUGUGAUCGGGAGGAGAUUGUUUCCAGGACAGAAAAAGACCUGCUUCGAUCAGAACUCAAUCGGUGCAUUGAAAAGGUCAUGUCAUUGGACUCAUCUUUACAGACACUCACUCAGCAGAACGUUCGUCUCAAAUCUGACCUACGCAUCACACAACAAGAAAGGGAUGCCCUCAAACAGGAAGUGAUUUCUUUGCACAAAAAAUUGCAAUAUGCCAAUGAGAGGUUGUUGGAGGUUUCCGUUGUGUCUGCUGGUCAGCAGCAGGGGAGGCGUGUGUGGGAGGAGCUUUCUGGGCUGAUGGAGGUGGAGCAUGCCUCACUAACUGAGGAGAACCAACAACUCAAGCGGCAGAUGAGCGAGAUGAGCUCAGAGCUGCAGACGUCAAAGGAUCAGAUCCGCCAUAUGGAGGCAUUAAGUGUGAAACAGAGAGGACUCGUGAAAACUGCAGAUCAAGAAAAAUCUGCUUUGAAACAUGAACUGGAGGCUCUGCACACACAGCUGCUAUCAACACGGAACAAGGCUCAUCUGUCUGCAGUCUUGCCUUCAUCUCCUCUACAGUUUCCGGGGGAACAGAGAGGACAGCACUAUAGUGACGGCCCAGACUUCAACAUGCAGCAGGACGAGCGGGAGAUGGCGCUUUUACAAAUGGAGGAGAGAAUGAGAGAAGUCGAGCUCAUGCUCCGAAACCUCAAACUGUUGCUUCAGGAGAAGGUGUCUCAGCUGAAAGAACAGUUGAUCAGGAACAGUGAGUCCGACGUGUUGAUCAAAGACCUGUACGUGGAGAACGCUCAGCUGCUCAAAACCUUGGAGAAAACCGAACAGCGUCAGAAAGUAGCAGAGAAGAAGAACUUCCUGCUAGAAGAGAAAAUUUCUAGCCUCAACAAGAUCGUCCGUGACCUCGGCCCUUCCCCUUUGACCCCUGCGCCCUACCACUUUACACGCUCCUGAUUUUACUGUAUUACACACAAGCCAUUCCAAACAGUCAAGCUACAAUAAGGACAACAAAUGCAGGUAGUACAUGUGUGACUUGUGCACUAUAUUCUAAGUCUCCGUAGCCAUACGAAAGCUUUGUGUAACUGACCGAAAUAUAAGUAUUUAUUUACUGAAAAUUUUCCCCUCUGCCAUACAACUCAAAUCUCUUUCCCAAUCAUUUUCAUUUCUGGGUGAACCAUUCCUUUAAAGAAAACCAUCUCUAUUGUAGUCUUCAGUUUUCUUUCAGGAAUGAACAUGUCACGAUAUUCCUCAUUUAAAUAAUUCUCGCCCAAGGCAUUUGCAAAACAAG